CAACAGGAUCACAGUGUGACCAGGUGGUGUGGGCAGGACCAGCCAGGCCAAACCCCAGGGCUUUCGAUGAGUGGCCUUAAAUCUACAGCCCAACAUCAGAGAGCCCCAGAGCUACACCUGCUGUUGGCCCUUGCAGAGCUGCACUAUCAGGUUCCAGAAACAUGCAUCCUUUUCUCUUCCUGACUGCCCUUUGCUUGGGAAUAGUCUCAGCUACUACAAAACUUGGCCUAAGGUUAGAUGCUCAAUGGAUCCAGUGGAAGGCAACAUAUGGGAAACUAUAUGAUGAGAAUGAAAGAUGGAGGAGAGUAGUGUGGGAGAGGAAUAUGAAAAUGAUUGAACGGCACAAUCAGGAAUACAGCCAAGGGAAACACAGCUUCACAAUGGCAAUGAACGCCUUUGGUGACCUGACCAAUGAAAAAUUCAGGCACAUGAUGCAUGGCCUUAAAAUCCAGAAGGACAAGGAUGGGAAGGUGUUUAAAAUACCCUUCUUUGCUGAAAUCAUUGUACCUGUAGACAGGAGACAGACAGCCGGUGUAAGUCCUGGUCAGUGUGCUUCUGGUUGGGCUUUUAGUGCAGCUGGUGCCCUCGAAGGACGGAUGUUCCAGAAAACUGGCAAACUCGUGUCACUGAGUGAGCAGAACCUGCUGGACUGCUCUUGGUCUCAAGGCAACGAGGGCUGCCGUGGAGGCCUGAUGGAUUAUGCCUUCCAGCACGUUCGGAACAACGGAGGCCUGGACUCAGAGGAAUCCGAUCCAUAUCGUGCACAGGACGGAUCCUGCGAAUACACACCUGAGUAUUCUGCUGCCAGUGUCACUGGCCUCGUGAACAUCCCUCAGCAGGGGGCGUCCCUUCUGGUGGCGGAGGCAGCUGUGGGGCCCGUCUCUGCCGCUGUCCCCGCAAGCCUGGAUCCCUUCCGGGUCUAUAAAGAAGGCAUUUAUUAUGAUCCAAACUGCAGCAGCGAAGACCUGGAUCACGGUAUUCUGGUGGUUGGCUAUGGCUCUCAAGGAGAAGAACCCGAGAACCAAAAAUACUGGAUUGUCAAGAACAGCAGGGGCAGGGACCGGGGCACGCAGGGCUACGUGCUGUUGGCCAAGGACCGGGACAACCAGUGUGGAAUCGCCCCCAUGGCCCGCUUUCCUGUCGUGUGAGCUGAGGAUGCAAAGAAGGCCUUGACUGGGGACAGAAUGUCCGGAAAACGAAUUUUAUUUUAAAGCUGACCACACCUUACUGUGUGGCUGAAACACUUGAAUCACUGAAGAUCCCACUUAUGAUUUGAUUCUGUGACUGUUCACACUGGAGACAUCACUACUUCCUUACUCCCUGCUCUAAUCAGUGUUGUGUGAGUCACUUCAUGACUUUUGAAUUUUCAUGUUUUAAAAGGUUGCAGAAAGUUUUGCUUUUUAAAAUAAAAGUUACUUGCA